UGGUCGAUGUCAGAGUGUUAUUCAAACUUUGUUUCAUGUUUCUCAUGUUGAUAAAUUGAGUGUAUUUCAGAAUGCAUGUGCUGGCUCAAUAUCAAAAUCAGCAACUCCAGGAAAACUUUGGAAAGAAACCUUUAGGUGCACUUAGACUGACUGCUAACAUUAUUACUAAUGAGGGAUUACAGGGAUUAUAUCGUGGAUUUGUUAGUACGUGUACACGGGAAGUUGGUGGAUAUUUCUUCUUUUUUGGUGGAUACCAGUUGAGUAAGCGUUUUCUUACUCCUGCUGGGAAAACUGCUGAUGAUCUUGGUCCAAUAGAAGUUGCAAUAUCUGGAGGAAUUGCGGGAGCAUGUUUUUGGUCCUCUGUUUUUCCCACUGAUGUUGUGAAAUCCAGAAUUCAGACCAGAAGCAGUGAUUUGAAUUAUCCAAAAGGAUUUGUGUCUUUAACAUACGCAAUAUUCAGGAAAGAAGCUAAAAUAUUCUGUGGGAAACUGAAAAGAACGCACAUAAGAAUUGUGAGCUGGGAUAUACCUGGCGGGAAGCGAAUUCUUAUUAUAAAUAUUAAAGCCGAACAAAGCGCUUUUAAAAGAGCCAUUCAAUACAAAAAUGACGUAUAAAAAGAAAGAUUUAUUUAGAAGCGUAACGUUUCGUCUUGACUCUCAAGACAUCACCAGAUAUUAUUAAAUUACAAGUGAUGAGGGAUUGAUAUAUAAUAACUAUUUACAUAAUAUUAAAUUACAUGGUGGGAUGAAACAUGAAAGUAAACAUGGAAUAAGAUGGUAUGAAGUGGGAUAGGUGGAAAUCAUGAAAGAAACAUAAAAAAAGACAAAAAAACACAAAAUCACAAAGUAUACAGACAUGAGGAAGAGGAAAUUAGAUUAAAGCAAUUGAAGGACAAUGGAGUUUCCUUGGACAUUAAGAAAUGAUUUCAUUUUGUUGUUUAAGAGGCUUUCGUGAAUAAGAAGCUCUUGCGAGUCUGAGCAUGAAGAAAGUAUUUUAAAAUCCUCGAAGGUGGCGGUGUAUCCUGUAGAUUUAAGGUGUGAUAGUAUGGAGGAAUAAUUGGGAUGUUGAGAAGGUUUACCAGUCAAUGGGUGAUGCCUAAAUGCUCUGAACUUCGAGUGUGUAGGUGGCGGGCUGUUUCGUACCUGGCAUCGUACGUGGGUCAAACCACCCUCCACACUCGAAUUUUUAAUAAGAACAUAAGAAUUGCAGAGAAAAGCGGGUUCAUAAGUUACUGUAGUAAAUGUCGUUGAUUUUCUCAUAAAUCGUGUGGAUACUGUAUGGGUAUGUUUCAGUGCACCUGAAUGAAGGUUGUGAGUUUGGUGAACACAAUUUAUAUGAUGAACGUAACUAGCCACUGUACUGAACCAAAUUAUUAUAUUAUAACAUAUUGCACUUUAGACAUUGUCAUUCGCAGAUAAAUGUACUAGUUUUAUACCUAGUUUUAUACCCAGUUUUAUAAAUUUCUGUUAAUUUUAUACGUUGAUCUAAAACAAAA